AUGCCGAAGACUCUUGCCUUCCAGGACAUCCAGGUGCCCGUCCCGGGCUUCGGUGCCAUGGGCCUCUCCCAAGGCUACGGUCCCGCCGACGAGGCGACCUCUAUGAAGACGCUCAAGCACACCCUUGACAUCGGCUGCACGUUCUGGGACACGGCAGUAGUCUACGGCAAGGGGCACAACGAGACGCUCCUGGGCCAGUUCAUCAAGGAGAACAACUGCCGUGAUAAGCUCUUCAUCGCGAGCAAAUGUGGCUUCGACAUCGAGCCCCCUCCCGGAACCGAAUUCUCAAUGAACCCAACCAACAAGGCAGAGCACAUUGCGAGCUACAUUGAGAAGACGCGCGAGCGCCUCGGCUCCUAUCCCGACCUGUACUACCUCCACCGCAUGGACCCAACCACGCCACUAGAGGAGAGCAUCGGCGCGCUCCAGAAGCUCAAAGACCAGGGCAAGACCAAGUACAUCGGAUUGAGCGAGUGCGGUGCCGACACCCUGCGUAAGGCGUGUGCUAUCGCGCACAUUGACGCGCUCCAGAUCGAGUACUCGCCCUGGUUCACAGACCACGAGCAGUCCGGCCUCAUAGCGACGGCAAAGGAGCUCGGCGUGACCAUCAUUGCCUUCAGCCCACUCGGCAAGGGCGUCCUUACGGGUUCGAUCCGUUCGACAGCAGACUUCAAGGAGGGGGACAUCCGAAAGACUAUUCCCCGCUUCGACAACGAGCAUCUCCCAGCCAACCUCAAGCUGGUUGAUGCGUUCGUAAGCCUGGCCGAGAAGAAGGGAUGCACGCCGGCGCAGCUUUCUUUGGCCUGGGUUAUGGCACAGGGAGCAAUCCCUAUCCCCGGCACCAAGACGUCCUCGCGAGUUGAUGAGAACUUUGCCGCGCGUAAUGUCGUCUUGAGCGCUGAGGAGGAGGCCGAGAUCCGCAAACUCAUCGAGGAGGCCAAGCCUGCUGGAAACCGGUACAGCGACUUCCACAUGAAGCUUGUUGGACGCUAG